AUGGCUCGUACCCACAAGCAAGAUAUGCAAGGCACUCGUCCAAGUAUACCUGUCGCCACCGACGGUCCAUCCACCAACCAGGACAACUCUAGCACGUAUCCUGUGCCCGGCUCUACGACUGUCGAACACACUAUCAAGCGCGACCAAUCCAGAAAGAGGUCGGCGCGCGGCUCGAGACCCACUUCUGUCCGUGACGCCCCCAAGGUUUCUAAGCCUUGCAUCCCCCACGAUUCAUUGCCAUCCAAUACCGUCGUCUCAGGAUCGUCAUCUGCGCUUCUUGACGACCCUCUGUACAAGACACCGGACAAGGCACAGAAGAAGGAGACCUCCAGCCCUCCCACGUCUUUCUUCACACCGGCCACCGGCGUCCAGCCUGACCCUCACUACACGCUUGCUGAGGAUAAGGAGUGGACAAGGGAAGAUGCUUUCGAGGCUAAUAGGCAACGGGCAGAAGGGCAUAUCAUUAUGGGGAUCUCGGUGGAGGAUUUCAUGGACAAAUGCAUGGGUGGAUAUUCGAAGGAUGACCAUUCGCCUGAGGCGCUCGAGGAGCUUUCUAAAGACUUGUUCACCAAAGAGAAGGUCCCAGCAGCCCAUGGAGAAUCACAAUUCUACGAAGCCAUUGUCAAGAGCGGCAUCUUGAAGGCACUCGUGGGACAGGGUCUCAUCCCGAAGGACACGCACGUCAUUCGAGGCGCAGAUGUCAACAAUCUGAAGAAGAAGUACUCGCCGGACUUUACAGCAUUGCGCAAGGACGUUCCGCUCGAGAAGGCCUGCCUCGAGCGAGCGCGAAGUAUCCUGAAAGGGGCGGAAGGAUACGGCGACCAGAAAUCCGAGGAAGAGGAUCCCAUAAAAGAUACGGACAAGGGUCGAUGGUCAUUUGGGCAGCUCAUAACCUACGCGGAGGUUAUGACCUCGAAUGCGCACCGCACACAUAUCUUUAGUUUCGUACUCCUUCCUGAAGAUGCCCGCUUGAUCCGUUUCGAUCGGAGUGGGAUCAUCAUCAGCGAGCGCUUCCCCUGGCGCAUCAGCGGACAUCUCCUCGCAUUUCUCUCACGUCUGGCCCAGAUGACGCCCGCAGAGCGCGGAUGGGACACUUCUGUUUCGUUAAUCUCUCCGACUGAUCCUCGGGUGGAACGGGCGAGGGAGUGGCUCAGGCGACCCGAAACCAUUCUAGGUGGUGCCCUGCCUAGCGAUAUGUCCGUCGAGGACAUCUUUCCCGACCAUGUUGAGGGGUUCGGAGAUCUUUCCAUGUUUCAUGUAUAUGAUGAAGCCAGCCACACGAUGCACCGCGUCCUGGCCCAGCGUCCUUUCGAGUACGACUCACUUGGUUAUAUCGGGCAAGGGUCCCGAUUGUGGGUGGGCGUCGAUCUACAAGAGAAACGCGCCGUACUUCUGAAGGACUACUGGAGGGAUAGCCGUCCGGGAAUACCUUCCGAGAGUGAUAUUCACCGCCGUUUUCGCACCGUCGAUCCGCCCGUCCAACACACACUCGAGUUUGCUUACGGUGGGGAUGCGGUGGUUGAUGGAGAGGCGUUAUGGGAGAAGUUUCCUGCGGGAUCAAAAGUCAAGAUUGACGCUGAAGAUUUGGAAUUCCAAACCACCUGGUCGCAUGAAUUCUGUGAGCGGCACCAGUAUCCACGUCUGCAAUCCGUCCGUUGCAGCAAGCCAGAGGCCUCUAUCGAGAUCGUGCCUCGAACCCACCACUUCGCCGUGUUCAAUACGCUCGUCAGGAGAUUGUGUACGUUCAAGAGUACGAAGGAGCUUGUCGGCGUUUUGCACGAUGUUACCGAAGCUCUGCAACAAGCCCACAACGUGAACAUCCUUCAUCGCAAUAUCACAACCUCGAGUGUAGGAAUCGAUAGUGAAGGCCACGGUAGACUCAUGAACUGGGACUCCACAGGCGAAGUCACCCGAAGCGUGCAGCUCGCGAGGAGGAAAUCUCGAAUGGUGUCUUUACACACUGUCUCUGUUGAUCACUUGCGGGAUCCUCAUAAACGAGACCACCUUUUACGAGAUGACCUCGAGUCCAUCGUAUACCUAAUGUUUCUUCUUGUCCUGCGCUUUCGUCCUCCGGCACCAGGUUCCCCGGCAAACUCCCGUGGCGACAUACUGUCAGGACUGCGCACCGUCUUUGAGAAUUGCUUUACCACCGAGAAUGGCGAAAUCAGAGGCGGCCUGGACAAGAAGGCGUUUCUCACGGGAGGCAGCUCUCUCAACGAUACCCAGCUUAUGGAUGUUGUGCAACCUGUUGCGCUCUGGACCCUGAUGCGCGGCUGUCGGCGCUUGUUCCAACACGUGUACACAGACGAGCCUCGCCUAUUUGCCGGAGCCGACGAAGAAGAAGAGGCAGGUUUUGCCUCUGCCGUUGAGCAGUGGAAGGCACUGCGCGACGCGGCGCAGAAGAACCUCUCUUCGGCUCGACCUUUUCUCAACUAUUUCCGGAAGGCACUUGACACACCCGGCUGGCCUUCUUCAGAUGGCGCUAUAGACCAAUACCCCCCUUCGUCACGACCGGCGCUCAAUAAUCGGGCAUUCACAGGCAACCGUGCCUCCUCGCGUCAGUCCUCUCUUAGGUCCGGGAUGAAACGCAGUCUGGCAAGUUAUGGUACCGGCACUGGCAAUCUACCCCCUUUACCCAGUGCGAAACGGCUCAAGUCGUCGGUCACACACAAAGCGUCCAGGUCUUACGUGUCCGAUGAAGGAGAACCAUGGGAUGACGACUUGAUGGAAGACGUCUUCACUGUUCAGGGCCACCGGGGGGGGGACAAGUCUCGCCCACAAGCUCCAGCAGGCGUGACGGAGGAGACCAUUUUCCUAGGUUUUGCGCACUGA